AUGGCAGCAAUCGAAACAACGUUAUGGUCCAUUGAAUGGGGUAUUUCAGAAUUAGUGAAUCACCCAGAGAUCCAAAGGAAACUCCGUGAAGAGAUCGACACAGUGCUGGGACCAGGAGUGCAAGUCACAGAACCCGAUACCCACAAACUCCCAUACCUUCAGUGGAAGAAACCCGAAGAGUUCAGGCCUGAAAGAUUCUUGGAAGAGGACUCCAAAGUCGAGGCCAAUUGGAAUGACUUCCGGUAUCUCCCAUUUGGUGUCGGUAGGAGAAGCUGCCCUGGAAUCAUACUUGCAUUGCCAAUUCUUGGCAUUACUUUGGGACGUUUGGUGCAGAAUUUUGAGCUGUUACCUCCUCCCGGGCAGUCAAAGAUAGACACCAGCGAGAAGGGAGGGCAGUUCAGUCUGCACAUUUUGAAGCACUCUACCAUUGUGUUAAAGCCAAGAUCUUUUUAA